AUGUCUAUCUUAUUCCAUGCCCUGCUUGGUACCACAAAUGUCAAACUUCAAGCCGACUGGCACUAUGCUAGUGAAAAUGAAGAUUUGCCUGAUCUUGCUACUGAAGAAGAUCAAGAUAUGCAGUUCAUUCAAAGCCCCAGAAGAGAAAAGAAUCCAUUUGGGUUGUACAAUCAUGUCAUCAUGGACAGUGGUUGCACAAACACCACCAUUUGUAAUGGUGAGCUCAUGCAUGGACUCCGUCAUGCUGAGAAAGAACUUGACAUGCAAAGUAACGUGGGUAGCAGAUUUCUCGACAAAGAAGGUUUUCUAGGAAGAUUUCCACCUCCAGUUUAUCAUGAUGAAGAUGGAAUUGCCAAUGUACUUGCUAUGCGCGAGAUGAUUGCUGCGGGAUACCGCAUUACUAUGGACACUGAUGCUGACAAUGCCUUUAUUGUGCAUCGUGAUGGAAACAGAAAGAUGCAAUUUGUGAAUCGUAUGGAUGUACAGAAUGGAGAUGCUGGACUCGAGAUGACCUCCAAGAUGGCAACUGUUCGAAAGAACAAAGAAGGAUUCACUCCAAGACAAGUCAAGGCUGCGAUGGAAGCGAGAAAUGCGAUGCACAUACUCAAUGCUCCAAGCACCAAAAGUCUGAAGUAUGCGAUCCGAUCUGGUCUCAUCAAGAACUGUCCUAUCACCGAAGAAGCGAUCAAUCAUGCCGAAGCAAUCCUUGGACCUGACACCUCUACAUUGAAAGGCAAAUCAACAAGACCAACUCCAAAGAAGACGUGCGACGACUUCUUCAGUCCACCAGAGGAACUGUAUCAGCACAAUCGAUCUAUUACCGUCUGUAUUGAUCACAUGGAGAUCGAGAAUGCUAAGUUUCUCACCUGCAUUGAUACCACUGUGCAUUAUCGCUCAUGUAUUCCUGUGCAGAUAUGGAUAACUCCAAAAGAGAAGAGCUCUUGGCAGGUGCAGACAAUGAUGUCAAUGAUAUGCCAGAACUCACUGUCAGAUACCGUGGAGAUGAUGACUAUGAAUCAGAUGAGGACAAUUCGGGUGAUGAAGGCUAUGAAGAGGAAAAACCUAGAAAAUGUCGAUAGAGGAACCGAUGAUAUUGGGAACCUCGUUACUGAUCUGAAGGACCUACAAGAGCCGCCAGAAGAAGAGAUUGUAUUUGAGCCUGAAGAGCCUCAAGUAGCAAAAGUCACUCGAUCUGGGCAAACGUAUGCGCAAGCUGCAAUGUCUGGGUGA